AUGAAAACUGAAAGCCAAACGUAUUUAAUGGAUCAAAUGCGGCUCAAACAUAAUAACCGAACAAUCAUUCUGUCACAUGUCGACGAAGAGAACUCGGAAGGGUUCAAGAUAAAGUUGCGGGCGUUGUUAGUCGCGCUGCUCGGAGUGUCGAUGUCGGCGUGUGCGUGUGCCUCGCAGCCGGUUGAACUCGAGUUAGAUGAUGACGACGUCGCGCAGAAGCUCAACAACGUGUGCUUCGCUAGACGAAUAACAAAACCGACUAUUCGCCUUGUGAUGGGCUAUGGCAAACUUAGUGUUUUCGUCACCGCAGCGACAUCUUUGCUGUUACUAAUGGCUGUGAUGUCUAAGCGAGCGUGGUGGCGUCGAGGCGCUCGUUGGCUGGCAGCCCCAGCGUUGUUGGUAGCAGCACUGGAGGCAGCUUCAGACAUGAGCGAUGCAAUGCUCGCCGCUGCUCUGCGUGGAACCGCCGAACCGGCCCGCGUAGCCGUGCAAACAAUAGCAGCCGCUCUUCUCAUCACGGUGGAAGUAUUAGUCUGGUACUUUAUAGCUAAAUUCUUCGAGUACAACCCACCGCCGUUACAAGAAGAAAGAGAAAAAGAAAAUCUAAUGAGAACACUUCCAGAAUAA